AGGAGAAAAAUCAAAUCCUGAAAAAUUCUUCGAAAUUAAUUAAUUAGGGUUUUGAUUUUUCUUUCCUCCAUGAAACAACCUAUAAUUUAUUGAAUCCAAAAUUCAUAGAUUUUUAAUAUUAUUGGUUUUGUUUCUUGGAGGUUUUCAAAUGGUGUCAGCUGGAGAAGAAGAUAUUGAACAAGGGUUUAAAAUGGAUGAAGAAAAUGAUCAAUCAAAUCUAAUUACAACCCCUAUAGAUAAAAGAGAGUUGGUAUAUGAACUUAUGGGUAUAAUUCAAACUAUAAGUUCUUACGGAGAAUUUAGGAGGACUCAAAGAAAGGAAAGUCGUAAUCUUGUACGUAGGAUGAAACUUUUAUUACCCCUUUUGGAAGAAAUUCGAGAUUUCAAAGGAAAAAUUCCUGAAUCAGGGAUCCAAUGUUUGGUGAAAAUGAAGAAGGCAUUUCAUUCUGCUAAGAAAUUGUUAAAAACUUGUCAUUGUGGUAGCAAGCUUUACCUGGCUUUGGAAAGUGAGGCUGUUAUAAGGAGAUUUCAUUCUGUAUAUGAAAAAUUAAGCCAGACUUUGGAUGGAAUGCCUUACGAAGAACUUGGUAUUUCAGAUGAAGAGAAAGAACAGGUGGAAUUGAUGAUCAUUCAAUUUAAAAGGUCUAAGAAGCGAAUUGAUACUCAAGAUAUGGAACUCGCAAUGGAUUUGAUGGUAUCAUUGUCCACGGAGAAUGAUCGUAAUGCAGAUAGUGCUAGUAUUGAAAGGCUAGCGAAAAAACUGGAAUUGCAUACAGUUGAGGAUCUAAAGGCUGAAAUGAUAUCAGUAAAAGAAGUGAUUAAAGAAAGACGAUCACACAAUGCUGAGAACACACAACGAAUCGUUGAUCUUCUAGACAAAUUGAAAAAGUUAGCAGGGAUGGAAGAAACUGGCUCUUGUAAUGAACCUGUUAUGCCUAAAGCUCUCGACAAAUCAACCUCGAUAGCUAUCCCAAACGAAUUUCUUUGUCCGAUCACAUUACAGAUUAUGACAGAUCCGGUUAUUAUCUCAACUGGACUGACGUAUGAACGAGAGAGUAUACAACAAUGGUUGGAUUCAAAUCAUCAUACAUGUCCAAAAACUGGGGAAACUUUGACACAUUUGUCAUUGGCACCAAACUUUGCUCUAAAGAAUUUAAUUGAAGAGUGGUGUUCGAAAAAUAACUUUCAACUUCCAACAAAGGAGCUUCCUACGAUCCCCGAAAGUCCUUCUGCUGGAAGUGAUGAAAAGCUAUUGGCGUUGAUUAAAAACCUAUCUUUUAGUCAUUUAGAAGUGCAACGAAAGGCUGUGACAAAGAUAAGAAUGCUUUCGAAAGAAAAUCCAGAGAAAAGAACAUUGAUAGCCAAUUAUGGAGGGAUCCCACCGCUCGUGCAGCUACUUUCCUAUCCGGAUUCCAAAAUCCAGGAACAUGCUGUGACAGCUCUUUUAAACUUGUCAAUCGAUGAAUCAAACAAGAAACUUAUAUCCAGAGAAAAUGCGAUUCCUGAAAUAAUUGAGAUUUUGCAAAAUGGAAGUGUUGGUGCUAAAGAGAACUCUGCAGCAGCAUUAUUUAGCUUAUCAAUGCUUGACGAAAACAAAGUAGCUAUAGGUUCAUUAAAUGGCAUCCCACCGUUGAUUGAUCUGUUAAAAAACGGAACAAUCAGAGGGAGGAAAGAUGCUAUUACUGCACUCUUCAAUCUAUGUUUCAACCACGUAAACAAAAGCAUCGCGAUCCAAGCUGGGAUUGUAGCACCAUUACUUCAACUACUAGAGGAAAAACACUUAGACAUGGUUGAUGAGACAUUGUCAAUAUUGUUAAUUCUCGUGACUCAUCCAGAAGGCAGACAGGAAAUUGGAAAGCUUUCGUUCAUCGAAACUCUUGUAAAUUUGAUGAAGGAUGGCACUCCCAAGAACAAGGAAUGUUCAGUGGCUGUGCUUUUAGAGUUAAGUACCUAUAAUUCAAAUCUUAUGCUUGCUGCCCUUCAAUAUGGCGUAUAUGAAUAUUUAGUAGAGAUAGGUACAGAGGGAACUGAUCGCGGACAAAGGAAAGCAAAAUCAAUACUACAACUUAUGACCAAAACUGAGCAGAUUCCAUAUUGAGAAUGCAAAGUUCAAAUGUACAUCUCCUUAAGGUGGAAUUGAAUUUGGCUCGCUCAUGUGGGUCAACUCGGAUCCAUGUCCAAAUAUAUAUUAUAUCAUAUAAGAAAAAGAGAGAAAACACGAGUGCUAAUUGAGCUCGUUGAUGGUUUGUGUCUCCUCAGAAAAAAAAUGUUAUCUCUGUGAAAAACGUUCUGCAACAAUUCAAGGCGAAGUUAGAAGAAUUUUUGCAGGAAUCUUUCUCCUUGUAAUCCAGGUAUGAUCAUAGAUUAUAUAUGUUGCUUGGACUCUUUCAGAAAUGUUGACAGGUGCAUGUCAGAUACUCCAAAAAAAUUAGUGCAUUUUAGAGAAUCCGACACAGGUUCAUCAACAAUUUUCGAGAGUCCGAACAACAUAAUUUAUAGAUUGUGAACAUUCAUUACAAUCUAGUGUUAAUUAGAUGGAUGUGAUUGUUUUUAUGUGACUAAUGCAAAUCAAUGGAGAAUUCUUGAAAAAUGUGUGUUCUUGAGAUUGUAAAUAUUGUUUAGUUCUCCUUGUACAUUGUUUUUUCUUCUUUUCCUGUUGAAAGCUUGUA